AUUCCCCCUACUUGAGUCUUGUAGUCUCUCCCAUUUUCGCUUGGACCACGAAAGAUCAAGUGGCAGCGAUAGUGCUGUCCGAUUCCCCACCGUGGGAUUACCGGAACAGCACUAUCGCUACCAAGCUGACUGUCGACCUUGUAGAGGUUAUUGAACGAUGUACCUGGUUAGCAACGGGAUGUGUCGAAGCAAGUGCUGGAAUCUACGAACGAGGCAUUGGAUCUGUCGAAUGACAAUCGAAGGGUUCAGAGCCUGCUGGCGGCUGGUCGCAUUUGCUGGCUGCCGUUUGAAGACGCUGGGCCUCGACCUAAAACUCGUUAGUCUUUCUACUAAGAGUUAGCGAGUCAUUAGCAUAACCAGAUGCGUCUCUUCCAUCGUAUUAGACGGAACAUUUAUUAACCUCUUCGUUAACUUCACGUCCGUUUUCAUUCCGCAUCCGCGUGAGCUCCUUAGAGCUUCAGUUUCCAAUGGAGCCCACAAACAUCAACUCUCUUCCUGAUGAUGUCCUACUCAAGAUUAUUCGGCAAUCCAUUCAACCGGUGUGUACCGAAUCCAACGGCGACACUCCAUGGGACUCCAUACAACCUAAGGCCAGCUACAUCCUGGAGCAUCGUCAAGCUGAGAUCACACUUCACCCGGAAAGCAAGGCAGAUGCAGCGUUCGCCCUCCUCGUCGUGUCGGUCUGCCGACGCUGGCGCUCUCUCGCCCAGCGAUACUUCACCAGCCUUCUUGUCAGAGAGAAUCUCGCUGUCUCGAUCGAAACUCUCACUCACGCCGUCACGUGCUUCCCGAACCUCACGGAUCUGCAUCUGUCCGACGGCAGCGUCAAGUCUCUCGACGACGCGUUCCUCGCUCACCUCGCCUCGUCAUGCCCUAAGCUGACAGCGCUUUACAUGGGACGGAGGAUAGCACGGGUAGAGGAGGAUGAACACCUUAUCACCGAAGCUGGUCUGGAUCGGUUCUUUCAGCAGUGCAGUCACCUGGACCAAUUUGCUUUCCGGUGUCUACAUCGAGAUAUCAAGCUACCCCCCUCCUUUUUCCAGUUGUCGCUGAUGAACACUCUUGCUCUUGCAGACACUGCAGCACUAGAAGCUCCCGGGAUUUCAGUCCUUUCUUCUCUCAGCACUCUCUACAUUGCAUCACCGAAUCUGGACUAUCAGCAGCUUACAAGUCUUGGUCACCUUUCAAGCCUGACCAAACUGUCGAUCCUGGAUAAGAGAAGCCGUCCUUAUUCGUGGGAUCAUUCAGCUGCUCCUUCCGGUGUGCAACUACUUCCUUGCCUGAAGACUCUGGAAAUUGCUACCCCCAAUCAUCCAUUUCUCAUGUUUCCUUUGAGAUCGCCAUGUGCCAGCUUGGAGCAGUUGCUGAUAAGCAGGUCUCACGAGCUCAGGGAGUUUCCUGGCAGCAUUGAAAAUCUGCUGCCAUGCCUGUGUGAGCUGACCAUUCGCUCGUGCAAGUCGUUUGGUCACUUGCCUGGAAGUUUUACUUCUUUGAGUCGUCUGAAGAGCUUGACGAUGUCUGACUGCGAUCUUCACGACCUGCCCACCAAUUUUGGAGAUCUGUCUGCUCUCCAAACUCUGGUGCUGGAAGCUUUACCUCUCUUUGACCUCCCAGACUCCAUCAGCCAACUCACGUCCCUGGAAGCACUCUUCCUGCGCAAUUGCCAAGCCAUUCGCCAGGUGCCAGAAGGGUUCUGCCGGCUCACAUCUCUCAAGACUCUAAGCCUUGUGAACCUGCCAAGAUUAAUACUUCCAAAUGACAUCGGAGAACUUUCGGAUCUCCUAACUUUUCGCCUGGUGCAUGACCGACGGUUAAGGCACCUCCCAUCCUCAUUCACCCAGCUGAUGUCGUUGACAAGGCUGGAGAUCGCUCACUGCAUACUUGGAGAGCUUCCCAAAGCCAUAGGUGAGCUAAGCAAUCUGCAGAAGCUGCAAAUCCAUGGCUGCCCAAUCCGGACCUUCCCAGAGUCCAUCACAUGUCUCAAUCGGCUCGAAGAGAUCCUGCUAAGUCCUGGUAACACAAGCACUGCAAGAGGGUUUCCUACUGUUCCCAAAAGGCUAGAUGGGCUUGUGAGACUUAGAUGCCUGGACCUUGCUGGGUGUGAGCCUCCUGAGUCACUGACAACCUCUCUUGAGAGCUUGAGCUUGGGGAAGCAGAGGCAGGUCAAACCACUGCCGGACCUAUCCAUGCUACGUAAACUCAAGAACUUGAGCCUAGUGCUGGUUGGCACUGAAUAUGCACCAGCGGUAACUAGAAGCAUGCCGCAGCUGACGCGCUUGGAGCUGGUAUUGGGGAGGAGUGUCAGGGAGUUGCUGUUUCCCUUGGCAUUCUUCCCUGAGCUGCGAGUCUUGACAAUCCAGAACGCUGAACUACUGGACUCGCUUCCAGAGAGUCUUGGCUCAGACCUUCAGCAACUUCAGCAGCUGGACAUACACCAAGCUGAAGCAUUGAGACGCCUGCCAGACAGUAUUGCGCAUCUCCAACACUUGACAUCCUUGGAGAUCCAUUCCGCAAACAGUCUGUAUUACCUUUCUGACAUUGGCUCAGUAUCUGGCCUGCGUCAGCUGAACCUGUCCGGCUGUUCAAACCUUCGAGAUUUCCCCACUUCUGUCACCCAGCUUACCUGUCUCACUCGGCUGGAGACCUGUGGUGCCCCCAUCUGGUACCUCCCUUCCGGCCUUACAAAUCUCUCUCGGCUUCGAAGACUCGAUUUGCGCUGGUGUGAAAGCCUGGAGUUGGCGCCUGAGGAUUUGACUGAGCUCAAGUCGCUGCAGUACAUGGGUACUGCAGGCUGCAGCCCACUCUUCCGAAAUUCAAUCAGGUGCUUGGGGUGGUGAUAAUAACCUUUUCAUUUUCAA